CAAGGGAGGGAGAGAGAGAUGUGAGUCUCUUCUCCAUUGGGCCAUUCUCUCUACGAUUGUAUCGUAAUUUCACCAAGUCCACAUCAACAACGGCUCUUAGUCUUAGCUUUUUCUUCCUUUCUUGCUCUGGUGAUAAACAUCUAAAAAGCCUAGGAGGAAAGUAAUACAUUAUUGCCAUUACUGUUUUUAUGAUUUUACAUAUAUAAAACGGAAACCCAUUAUUCCCAAAAUCGUAGGUUCAUUCAACAAGAAGAAAGCGCGGGUUUUACAGAUACAUGAAACUUCCCCUCCUCAAAUCAUCAAUCAAGAUGCUUCUUAACACCCGCAUUCUCCUAAUCUGUCUCUUAACCACCUUUCUUCCUCUUAUCAGAGUCAGAGCUACCCUCAACCUCACUCUUCCCCAUCAACAUCCCGACCCCGAAUCUGUUGUUCAAGAUGUACAGAGGAAAGUGAAUGUGUCCGUCUCGAGGAGGCAAAUGCUUGGGGUUUGGAACAAGGACCAGUUUUCGUGCGUCACCGGUAACCCCAUCGAUGACUGUUGGAGGUGCGACCCCAACUGGGAAGCGAACCGCCAACGGUUAGCCGACUGCGGGAUCGGGUUCGGCCGAGACGCGCUUGGCGGGAAGGGGGGUAAGAUCUAUGUCGUCACCGAUUCUUCCGACCACGACCCAGUCAACCCUACGCCGGGCACGCUACGACACGCCGUGAUCCAAAACGAGCCCCUCUGGAUCAUCUUCGCAAGCAGCAUGCUAAUCAGGCUGAAGCAAGAGCUUAUCGUGAACAGCUUCAAGACCAUCGACGGCCGCGGCGCCAAUGUCCACAUCGUGGGUGGUGGAUGCAUCACCAUCCAGUACGUUAGCAAUAUCAUCAUCCACAACAUCCACAUUCACCACUGCGUGCCCUCCGGCAAGGCCAACGUGCGCUCGAGCCCAACCCAUUACGGCUGGCGGACGAUGUCGGACGGCGACGGAAUCUCCAUAUCGGGGUCGAGGAAGAUAUGGAUCGAUCACUGCUCGCUGUCUUACUGCACAGACGGUCUAAUCGAUGCGAUUCUGGGUUCGACGGGAAUUACCAUAUCAAACAACUACUUCUCCCAUCACGAUGAGGUAAUGCUGCUGGGACACAACGAUGCCUAUAUGCUGGACUCUGGGAUGCAAGUGACCAUUGCGUUCAAUCACUUCGGCGAGGCGCUGGUGCAGAGAAUGCCGAGGUGUAGACAUGGAUACAUCCACAUCGUCAACAACGAUUUCACGCAGUGGGAGAUGUACGCCAUCGGAGGCAGCGCCAACCCCACCAUCAACAGUCAGGGCAACCGCUACAUGGCGCCGACGAACCCGAACGCGAAGGAGGUGACGAAGCGGGUGGACACAGACGAGAGUGAGUGGACGAGAUGGAACUGGAGGACGGAGGGGGACCUAAUGGUAAAUGGGGCGUUCUUCGUGCCAUCCGGAGAGGGGCUUGGGGUGAAGUACGCCAAGGCGACGAGCGUGGAGCCCAAGUCGGCUGAGCUGAUUGACCAGUUAACCAUGAACGCCGGUGUCUUGGGAGGGACCAGGGACAACAGUGGGAGCAUAACGUACCCGGUUUUCAACGGUGGUGGGACCAGCACCGGCACCGGCACCGGCACCGGAGUGGGGUCGGGUGGUUUCGGUGGUGGGGGAGGAGGUGAUCCAGAUUACUUCGGGAUGAUCUUCGGGAGCGGCAGCGGCGCACCACCGCCACCCUCCUUUUCCUGGCUUUCUUCCUUGUUAUUAUUUCUGUAUCUUAUCUCCACCAUCACCACGUUAUUAUAAUAAUAUAGAUUAUAGUAAAUUAUUAUUUAUAAGAUUACUGAAAUCGAUAGAAAGAAAGAAAGAAAAAAAAAUGGAGAUUAUAAUUGCAUAUCUUCAAAUCAUCCUAUCCCUCUUGUAUAAUUAAUUAAUUAAAGGCCACAAAAAAGUUCUUGAAGUUGGGUCCACCUGGAUCUAACAUGUUUUCA